CCGAGCGCGGGCUGAGGGAGGAGGGCGGCGACUGGAGAGCGGCGAGCGGCGCGGGACCCGGAGCCUCUUUCACUUUUUCCCUCCCGAGUGCCCCCUCCCACCCCUCCCACUCCACACACACCCUGUUUGCCCGUGAGCCUGGGGAACUUGCAGCUUAAAGCCAGCCACCCCCACGGCAACAUGUACCCCAGCAACAAGAAGAAAAAGGUGUGGAGAGAGGAGAAAGAACGUUUACUGAAGAUGACCUUAGAGGAGAGGCGCAAAGAAUACUUAAGGGACUAUGUUCCCCUGAACACCAUUCCAUCGUGGAAGGAGGAAAUGAAAGGCAAGAGCCAAAAUGAUGAAGAAAGUACUCAGGAAACAUCACAAGUGAAGAAAAGUUUGAGUGAAAAAGUUUCUCUCUAUAGAGGUGACAUCACAUUGCUAGAGGUAGAUGCCAUAGUCAAUGCAGCAAAUGCCAGUCUUCUUGGAGGAGGUGGUGUGGAUGGCUGCAUUCAUAGAGCAGCUGGCCCCUGCUUGCUAGCUGAAUGCCGAACCCUGAAUGGUUGUGAGACGGGACAUGCGAAAAUCACCUGUGGUUAUGACCUCCCUGCAAAGUGUGAGUACAACUUUUGA